AUGCUAAAGAAUAUUCUUCAGAACAAAAAGAUCCCAAAGAUCUUCUUCGACGUUCGCACCGAUUUAGAUGCCUUAUUUGCGCGUUUCGGCGUUGUGUUGCAGGGCGUGGAGGAUAUUCAGCUUAUAAAGAGUGCCGUGAGGAAGACUACGGCAUCGAGGAAGUUCUUGAGUGGCCUGGCUAAAUACGUUGAGGAGAAUGUGCUUAUGUUGCUCGGUAACAAGACGGGCUAG